AUGACUGGAUCCAAUCGCCAAUCGCUGGGUUCCUCUGUUUCGCCUAAUAACAACAGCCUGCCCUCUCCAUCUAUCCAAAAUCCAAAGUCCCGGAAUGCCCGCCACGCCCGCAACAUCUCCUGGGCGACUGGUCUUGAGCCGAGCAGCGAUCCCUCUUCCGACUCUCAGCAGCGCCGUCGCGGGUCCAUCUUCUCUCCGUCCCUCCCACCAGAGGGCUUUUCUGAACGCGACGACGGCACCGCCGACGCAAUGGCGCUCAGGAACACCUCGCUUGACUGGAACGACAGCGCCAGAGGGCAUAUGCGGUCACGAUCUCAGAGCCAGCAACUGCCGCCCAUGAACUCGGUGGAGAUGUCUCCCCCACGGCCGGCACCCGUGACUUGGAUGUCUCUGCCGCAGAAGAAGCAGCUGGCGCUGCUUGGUCUGUGCCGGGUGUUUGACUUUCUUCAGAUUGCUUCGCUGCAAGCGUACAUGUUUUACCAGCUCAAGUACUUUGAUCCGAACCUUUCCGAUUCCGAUGUUUCGACGCAGGCCGGUAUUCUUCAGGGUGCCUUUACGGCCGCCCAGUUUGCGACGGCUAUUCCCUGGGGCCGCGUUGCUGAUGCCGAGUGGGGUGGGCGCAGGUUCGUCCUCCUCGUUGGGCUGGUAGGGACUGCGGUCUCUUGUCUAGGCGUUGCGUUUGCAACCUCGUUCGCGCAGGCCGUGUUCUGGCGGUCCUUUGGCGGUGCCAUCAACGGCACCGUGGGGAUUAUUCGAACUAUGAUUGCGGAGAAUGUCAAGGAGAAGAAGUACCAUUCCCGAGCAUUCUUAAUUCUCCCUAUUGGCUUCAACAUUGCCUCUCUUUUUGGGCCUGUUAUGGGUGGCAUGCUCUCUGAUCCUGUCAGGGCGUAUCCUUCGCUUUUCGGCUCUGACUCCUCAUUUGGCGGUAAAGACGGCGUGCAAUGGCUCAUUCGUUAUCCGUAUGCGCUGCCCAUGAUGGCUAAUGCAUUCUUUCUCUCGUUCUGUGCCCUCUGCGUUGGCCUUGGUCUUGAAGAGACUCUGGAAGCGUGCAAGGGAAAGCCUGGCCCUGGUACAUAUGCUCUACGGCUCAUGGCUCGCGCAGUCAGAGCAGUCGUUGGCUCAUCUUCGCCCCUAUAUCAGAGACUGCCUUUUGCCGAUUACGAUGAGUCUGGGCCGCUGCUGGGAAGAGCCGAGACGUACGAGCUUGAAGAAAAGGCAACAAAGGUCCCUCGUCAUGCUCGUAUCUUGCCAUUCCGACGGAUUUGGACCAAGAACGUUCUGUGCACCUUACUGGCUCAGGCAUUCUUCGACUUCCAGAUGGGUGCAUUCAACAACCUCUGGCUCCUCUUCCUAUCUACUCCCCGCUACGACGCCAACGACCCCGCCAGUCCCGCGCAGCGCCUCCCAUUCAUCUUCACAGGCGGACUAGGCAUGCUCCCCCAAAGCGUCGGCUUCGCAACCGCAAUCCUCGGCGUCAUCGGCAUGAUCCUCCAAUUCACCAUCUACCCCUCCAUCAACGGCCGCCUCGGAACAGCAAAGAGCUACCAGUACUUCCUCACCCUCUUCCCCGUCGCCUACGCCUUCGCCCCGUACAUCGCGCUCGCCCCUUCAAGCACGCCACCCCCAGGCCAAGCCAACGGCGGCUGGGUCUGGUUUUCUAUCAUUGUCGUUCUCUUCCUACAAGUCACAGCGCGCACGUUCACGCUCCCGACUUCCAUCAUCCUUCUCAACAAUUGCUCGCCGCACCCAUCUGUUCUCGGAACGAUCCACGGUAUUGGACAGUCCGUCUCCUCUGCUUUCCGUACGAUAGGGCCCAUCUUCUCCGGGUCUUGGUACGGCUAUGGUCUGGAGAUCGGCACUGUCGGAUUCGGGUGGUGGCUGAUAGCCCUCGUUUCGGUGUGUGGCUGCGUGGCCGCGAUUUUCGUUUACGAGGGCUCCGGGCAUGAGGUCUUUCUUCCUGGUGAAGAAGAGGAGCUGUGA